AUGGAAUCUGGGAAAAGGGGAUGGAAUCUGGGAGAAGGGGAUAAAAUCUGGGAGAAGGGGAUGGAAUCUGAGAGAAGGGGAUGGAAUCUGGGAGAAGGGGAUGGAAUCUGGGAGAAGGGGAUGGAAUUUGGGAGAAGGGGAUGGAAUCUGGGAGAAGGGGAUCGAAUCUGGGAGAAGGGGAUGAAAUCUUGGAGAAGGGGAUGGAAUGAGGGAGAAGGGGAUGGAAUCUGGGAGAAGGGAUGGAAUCAGGGAGAAGGGGAUGGAAUCAAGAAGAAGGGGAUGGAAUUUGGGAGAAGGGGAUGGAAUCUGGGAGAAGGGGAUGGAAUCGGGGAGAAGGGGAUGGAAUCCGGGAGAAGGGGAUGGAAUCUGGGAGAAGGGGAUGGAAUCUGGGAGAAGGGGAUGGAAUCGGGGAGAAGGGGAUGGAAUCUGGGAGAAGGGGAUGGAAUCUGGGAGAAGGGGAUGGAAUCUGGGAGAAGGGGAUGGAGUCCGGGAGAAGGGGAUGGAAUCUGGGAGAAGGGGGUGGAAUCAGGGAGACGGGAUGGAAUCCGAGAAAAGGGGGAUGGAAUCUGGGAGAAGGGGAUGGAAUCUAGGAGAAGGGGAUGGAAUGAGGGAGAAGGGGAUGGAAUCUGGGAGAAGGGGAUGGGAUCUGGGGGAUGGAAUCUGGGAGAAGGGGAUGGAAUCUGGGAGGAAUGGGGAAUGGAGCAAGGGAUGGAAGGAGAAGGGGAUGGAAUCUGGGAGAAGGGGAUGGAAUCUGGAGAAGGGGAUGGAAUCUGGGAGAAGGGGAUGGAAUCUGGGAGAAGGGGAUGGAAUCUGGGAGAAGGGGAUGGAAUCUGGGAGAAGGGGAUGGAAUCUGGGAGAAGGGGAUGGAAUCUGGGAGAAGGGGAUGGAAUCUGGGAGAAGGGGAUGGAAUCUGGGAGAAGGGGAUGGAAUCUGGAGAAGGGGAUGGAAUCUGGGAGAAGGGGAUGGAAUCUGGGAGAAGGGGAUGGAAUCUGGGAGAAGGGGAUGGAAUCUGGGAGAAGGGGAUGGAAUCUGGGAGAAGGGGAUGGAAUCUGGGAGAAGGGGAUGGAAUCUGGGAGAAGGGGAUGGAAUCUGGGAGAAGGGGAUGGAAUGAGGGAGAAGGGGAUGGAAUCUGGGAGAAGGGGAUGGAAUCUGGGAGAAGGGAUGGAAUCUGAGAGAAGGGGAUGGAAUCUGGGAGAAGGGGAUGGAAUCUGGGAGAAGGGGAUGGAAUCUGGUUGA